GCCAACUCUCAAUAAUAUAAACAAAUAGUUUUUGAAUGACUUUUAAUUGAAUUUAUUUUUGAGUUUUUGGAUUCAAAACAAAUCGAUUUGUAUUUCUGGCCUCAAAACGAGUGAAUCAUUGGUUUUGAUGAUAUUUAUUGAGUGAAGAGUUGUGUAGAGAAAAGCGAUUCAAAUAUAGUGUGCAAAAUGUUGUCUAAAAGAGUAUUUCAGUCAUUGUUUGUGAAACACAAUCAAUAUUUCAUAAAAACGCAAACAAUUACUAAAUUGAAUAAAAUUGAGAUCCGUCGCUUCUGUGAUGUGAGCACCGAUUCAAUCGAUAAUAAGAUAUUAUUUCAGUUUAAAAAUGGAUUUUUUAACUUUGAUUUGAAUCAAAACCAUUACAUAAUCUCGUAUUGGACACCAUUGCGGACACUGAUCCAAACGAUGGACUACACCACAGAAGUGCCCAAACAGAUGACCAAAGUGGUGGACGAGAGCCAGAAAGUGGCCUAUUCUGCCACCACUCCCGUGGGCUUUGUCUUCUCCAAUCUGACCAACCUAUCCUUCAAACACCCGACCCUUGGUUUGUGUCAAAUCUAUUUGGACGGCACUAACGACGAGCUGAUCCAUUGGAAAGACAAACUCGAAUCCGAAUUACAAUACGGCUCCGACUCAUCCCAUCCCAGAGAGAAGUCUCUCGAAGACCACGAGCUGUCGUUUUUAGAGCACCAGAAGAAUAGUAUGAAACUAGUGUUUAAUCCACUGCUGAAGGAAUACCAAUCGAUGAUAUCAUUGGCGCGAACGGACGCCAACCGCAAGUUUAAAUGGGGCGGACUUUUCCUGCUGUCGGCCCAACUCGGGUUUGUGGCCCGACUCACAUGGUUUGAGUACUCAUGGGAUAUCAUGGAACCGAUCACUUGGAUGUUGACCUAUGCAAUGAUGGUCGGAACGUUUGCCUAUUAUAUCGUCACAUCUCAAGAAUAUUUGGUACCAUCUGUUGAGAGGAGACUAACGAUUAAUAAAUUCUGGAAAUUAGCCCAAAAGCAGAACUUCGAUGUGACACAAUUCAGGGCUUUGAGGCAACAAAUCAAACAAUUGGAUGAAAAGAUACUCCGACUCAAGACUUUGAAUUGAAUUUGUGUCGUUUUUUGGUUCAAUUUAUGCCCAAAUCACAGAAUCUAGUUAUGAGAUCAUUUAGAGUCCGAUAAACACUCACAACGGGACUCGUCAGUCAUUAUAUACUUUAUACACAUUUGAUGUGAUUUCUAUAAUCUAUACCAAAACUCG